UUUUUUUGGUAUUUCCAGAAAAGCUGGGAAUGAAGACGACAUCUACUCUUCUCACUUUCUUGAUUUCUCUAAUGAAUAGACCCAUCAACAUUUUAUAAUCAUUAUUAUUGAAACAUACCCAUUUCUUCAUCUUCCACCUUAAUUAAUCACCUGUCAUCCAUGGACAUUGUUGUUCAACAGCAAGAAGAAGGAUGGCCUCUUGGGUUGCAACCGGUGAAUCAAAGAGUUGGAUUUGGAAGAGUUCUUAAUCACGAUCGACAUGGAUCCAUCUCAUUCAGCACACUUCUCACUGCAUCUCCAUCAUCCAUCUCCCAUGCCUCUUCUUCAGAUCUUGAUACAGAGUCAUCUGGCUCAUUUUUUCAUGAGAGGAGUGUUACUUUGGGGAGGCUUAUAGGUAUAUCAAGCCUUCUUGAACUCUCUCGAAGGUCGAUUAGAGCAAGACAAUCGGAAAAUCCAAUGAACGAUAAGAGGAACUGUAGAACGAGGUCAUGGUUUUUCUCUUUAUGCUCGAAAGUCAGCACAGAUGCUGCCUCCAUGAAUAUCAAUCCGACCCCAUCCCUUGGAUACUUUCUUCAAGCCGAGAGAAGGGCUGCAGACAUUUAUCGUGGGAAUUCACCCCCAAGAGUGGUUAAUUAUGUUGCUGCUAAUACUUCUACAACUUUGGAUGCACUUUUUCUCGAAGACCAUGUUGCACCUAAUUCGUAGCAGUUGAAACUUUGGUUGAGGAAUGCAAUGAAACCGGGCACACUUCAUAAUUGUGAACCUUUUGGUUCUAUUGUCUACAUAGGCAACUUGGUCACUUGAUCUAAACAAACUUCAAUCAUUGUGUCCCACUUAAAUAUAUUUUGUAUUUUAUAUUAGAAUCACCAUCUAUUAAAUUCAACUUAUUGUUAUUUAGAGCAAAAAUUAAUUAUUAUUGUUGGAAAUGAGUCCAGUUCAAGUUUUAAUUA